CGCCGUAUCGCAAGCCGGCCCGGCCCUUGAGCGCGUUUCUGCUGCGUGCGGAGCCGCGACAUCACCGGUCAUGGAGAGGCCGAGCGGGGCCGCCCAGAGCGCGGGCUCCCUCAAGCCCAGAGAGCCCAGCCCCACAGGGCCACCCGCCUCGAACCAAGCCAUGCUGGAGACGCUGCCCAUUCUGCCCUCCUACCCCAGCCCCAUCUCUGACACAGCUUGGACCCUGGAUCACCCAUCCACCGGGGGCCUCUCCUCCAUCACAGUCCCUGUCCGGCUGGAUGCCCUCUCCUACCUGCUCAACAGCGCCCUCCUGGGGGCCUGCAUGGCCAGGACCCAGACGCCCCUCUCUGGCGGCCAAGGGCCAUUGGCCACAGGCCACGGUGGCCCUACGCCACUUGCACUAGGCAGCAGGUGCCACCCACACUACUGCUGCAGCCCCCAGCCGGCGUGUGCCAACCCCCCGCAGCCCAAUGGCGCCCGGCAGGCUUGGGUGGGGUGCUGUGGGGGUGGCGCCAUGGGGCAGAGCAGCACUAGCUGUUCCCAAGAGGCGUCCAGGGGCCGUGCCGAUGGGCAGAACUGCUCUCCAAGAUGGGAUCAGCGUGGGUCUGCGUCGCCAAGGGGCUGGGGUGAGAAUCGGAGAGCUGGGGGGCAGAAAGAUUUUAAUCGACCCUGGGGGGGCGGGAAGCCGCGGGGCGAGGUGGACUCCGCCCCAUGGAAGGCAGGUCUUGGGGGUUCACGCAAUGGCCCAGGAAGAGCCCAGGACUCAGGUUAUGCACCCUGGAAGCGGAACCAAGAUGGCCGCCCGUGGGGCACCCCAGAGUCCAAGAGAUGGUCUAGCGGAUGGCCGCAGAGACGGGGCUCUGGAGCAGAGGAAACGGAGCCAGCCAAAGCCGCUAGGGAAGAUUGGGAGGAGGAUUACAAGGGGUCCGCCGCCCAAGGGAGUGUCUUGGAGGAAGCCACGUCUUCCCAACCCAACCUCCCAGCUUCCCAAGGAGGAGAAGACUGGGAAAAGGAGUAUGAAAAGUCCAGAGAGCCUCCCAAAUCAGCGCCAGCGGUUCCCCCUCUUCCAGAGGUGGCCUCGAAGGCUCAAACAGCCUCCCUCCAGGAGAAGACAACCCCCCUACCACCUAGCAAGGACAGCAGCUUCUCCAGCUAUCUCGAGAACCUCUUCACUGACCUGCCAAGGGAGUCCAGCACCGUCUCAGAUCCAUGCCAGGAGAGAGAGCCCCACGGGGACGCUGCCGAAAGUGGGACACGUCCCCCGGAAGGAGGAGGCCAAUGUGGCCAGGUGUCUGCCAAGCUUGGUGAUUUCACAGCCAGGAGUGUAGACCCCGCCUGCUCCGCCGUGGAGAAUGACAGAUCUUGAGCCCUGGGCUGUGGAAAGGCUCGGGUCUGUUCCCAAGUUGGGAUCUUGUGGUUCUCCUGUUAAACUGAACCUCCAUUGACAGCUCUACCAGCCUGUUGGGCUCAGCCCAAAGGCCCCAGCACUGAGCUGGGGACAAUUUCAGCCAAGGGUUGGUUUGUUCAUAACCAAGUUCUUUCUCAUCCUCCAUCCAUUCCUUGCCUUCUACCCAUGAUCCUCCAUUCCCAACCCCCGUCUUUCUCUGUCCAAAGAUUUUGAUGUUGAAUUAGGUUUAAAACCGGGACUUGCCUAAAAAACAAAAACGAGAUCCAGAAUUUCUGUUUUGUUCGUCUCUCUUAAUUGGUUACAUUCCGAGAUUUGGUUUAAAAAAAACUAAACACCAAACCCAAAUCCCAUAUCUUCUCCCCCAGCGGAGUGCCAGAUCAUGGGGGGUUUGUAUCAUUUAGUUAGUAACUCGAAGGUUUGCUUUUAUGUCCAGGUUAGACAAUGAAGCUCAGAUGAGUGCCCGUAUUCUGCAAAUUAACGAUGUGGUUUAUGGCUCCAUAAAUCCCCAAAAUGGCAAAUACUUACGCGUGUGCUUAGCGGAUGUGUUACCCAGGGCACUCAAGUUAACUCUUGGCUAAUUUUUCAAGAUCAGGGUCUAAAUUUUUAACCUUGGAGGUCUGGGGAUUAGUCCUAGGUUUAAAACCACCCUAAAUAUCCCAUGUAUUUUUACCAGCUCCCCUCCCCAUCUCUGAUUUUGUAUCAUCAAUCACAUUUGGAAUUUUUCAAGAUUUGUGGUUUUCUUUCUAGGUUAAGAAAACACCCAAAGAACCAGGCUGUUUUGAAGUCUUACUAGAGUGGCGCACCUGACAGUGUUAAGUUGUGUUUGCAAAGACCGUUGGAUUUUGAGUUGUCUGAACAAGUUGAAACGUUUCUUUGUCUGGGGUGAUUUAACAGUUUGAACUCACUCAGCUCUCUGUCCUGAUUACAUGGGUGAGACUGAACCUGCUAACUACACCAGAAAUCAGAGAGUGAAGUGGAGGGUUCGACUGAUUGCUAAAAUACAGAUGUUAGACAUGCAAUACAAUUUCUCUCGACUGGAUGGAGAUUUAAAAAGUGAAUUUAAUUUAGCGCAUAUGCUGUAUAUGUUGUAUCUGCACUGUAACUUCUGUGCACUACAAAGGAAAAAAUGGAGAAGUUGACUUAUUACAUUUAUGGUACAUCGAUCAUUCAAAUCGCCCAUUCCAGGGAAAUGUUAUUGCACAUAGAACUAUAUCUUUGUGCUAUACAGAGGUUAAAAUGUCAAUACGAUUAGUUGCAUAUGUAACAUAUAGAUGUAAUAAUAGAAAUUUGCCAGUUUAAUCUAUAUAGCCCAGACAUUAUAUUAUUACAACAUAUAUGCUGUUAUCUAUAUGCAAAAUAAUCCUACCCCAAAUAAUUUCUGUGCCAUGUGUAGAGAUUAAAAUAGUGAAUUUGCAUUGUUGCAUAUUUUAAUUAUUGCAUAUUUAUUUAUUUUUUGCAUUAUUGCAUAUGUAUCCCAGAGCAAUUAUAUUGCACGUAGAACUAUAUCUAGUGCUAUGUAGAAGUUAAAAUUGCAAUACAACUUAUUGCAUAUCUGACAUAUAGCUACAUUCAUAGAAAUUCACCACUUUAUUCCAUCUAGCAUAUACGUGAUAUCACAUAUAUGAGCCAUAUAGCACAGACAUUAUAUUGCUGUGAUCUCAACAUGUAUGCAAUAUAAUUGUUGUGCUAUGUGGAGAUAAAAACUUGCCCUAUUGCAUAUAUUAUUUGCAUAUUAGACCACGACAUUGUAGCCCUGCAAUCAAAUUUGCCAUUUUAAUAUCUAGCACAGAGAAAUUAUGUGGUGUGUGUGAUAUGUGCACCUUUAGCAAUAAGUCAGACUCGCUGUUUAACUCUCUGUAUAGUGGAGGGAAAUUAUAUUGCAUAUGUGAAUAUAUAUUCCAGCAGUGGCACCUGACCACAAUGAAUGAUGCAUCAAAGAUCCCUGUGUAUGAACACGAGGGAGCGUUACUGUUGGGUUAUGGCAUUGGGGGGUUAUUUUUAACAGAGGCAAAAGAUGCCUUCCGGUUCAUCAGGAAACCUGGUCCUUUGAAAUCCACGGAGCGAAGCGUUACCCUUUGGUUACGGUGUCUGAAGCAUUGGGAUUGUGCAUGUGGUUUGCCUCAAGAAACAGCCUCAACUCUUCGGCGUGAAAGCCCAAGAGUUGAAUUGGGUGUUUUGUCUUGAAAGGGGACCAGUGUCGGAUCCCUCAGGAUGGGAGAUGGGGACCAGAAUGGGACCCCCUGGAUGUGAACAUCGGCUGGGUCCCUAUGUGCUGUUAUUUCAUAAUAACUGUUAUUUAAUGUA